CUCAAGAUGGCUGGAGAGAAACAGUUAUGAGGAUCGAAGGGUUUUCUAAUUUUUCAUGGAAAAUGAGCCGCUCUGCGCUUUGAAGACGCUCCCUCUCGGCAACUGGGGAUCUGGGGGGAGUGUGGUGAGUGGGGUACAGGACCACUACCAGGGCACCACCCAGAGAGGAGGGCAGGCGCAGCAGCUGAGGAAGGAAGAGUCUUUCAACUGUUUCAGCUGGUGUGUCUCGCUUUCACAUUCCACUUUGUCAAAUGAACCAAAUCUUCUGAGCAACCUGUUUCCCUUCUUGACUGUGAUGGCGCUGCACCAAGAACUCGCGCAAAGGAAAAGCACAACCUCUGAAGAAGACGCUGAGAGCAACAUCCUUCUUCACAAAAUUUGGUUGCAAGUGAUCCAUCCCAUCAGAUGAAGAGCCUUCAGUUCCGGAGCAUUGCUCCCAAGGCCCCAGCUGUGGUGCCGUCAACCUCCCCUUUGGCCCCAUCCUGCCAGCCUCUAUCAGCUCUACCUGAGGCGACUACUGCCUCUAGCCCCAAGUCCAUCCUCGUACCCACACAAAACUAUGCACUGAUGCAAAUAGCAGGUCAAGAUGGAACAUUCUCCCUGGUUGCACUCCCACCUUCUGUCUCCUCUCAGACGCCUCAGCACCAAACCCAGUCAAUCCAGAAAAACCUCAAGUUACCCAUACCCAGAUACCCAUCAGCGAGAAGCAAGAAGAGCUCAGAAAAGGUCAAAUCACCGAUUGCCGUAAGUACAAAAGCAGCUUUCAAUGUUCCUGUACUGCCUCAGACCAAGUCAGUGGGGAGUGGAACAUCUGCAAAGCUAAAGCUAGAAGAGAAUAAGCACACAAGGGAAACCACAAAAGAAUCUUUAGAAAAAGUAUUUCUGAUUGACCCAGCCUCUUCUGACAUCUCUGUCACUGCUGUGUUACCAGAGAAAGCUCUCCUCUGUCCUGGUUCUAAGUUAGAGCAAACGGCAGAUGGCAGUGAGCGAACUGCUUCAGCAAGCCUCGUUCAGAACCUCCACUACCCUUCUGCAGCGUCCUCAAACUCUACAAGCAACCCCCCCGAGGAAACUAAGACCACAGUGGGGUUGUGCCAAACUAAAUCGACUGCUGCUCAGCCUCAGGGCAGUAUCACUGUCCUGUCACCAGCCAUCUUCAGUAAAGCAGUUCAGAUUAUUCCUUCACCACCUAAGGGUAAGCUGCCCAUUCUGCCUUAUGCUAAGAUAAAGAGCUCUCUGAUACCAUCUACAAAGCUCAGCAGUUUGUCCCCAGAGAGAAAAAGUUUCUGUGGACAGACAGGAGUCUUCACUUCUGGAGAUACUAUGUCCAAGAACACGGAGAAUGCCGAUGUCUUGCGGCAAAACCCGGUGCUGAACUCCAAACCCUCACUGGUUCCUGUUACUCUUCAGAAGCCACCUGGCAAGAAAAGAGGAAGGAAGAGAAAGACAAUGGAAGACAUCUUGGCUUUUGAAGCCAGAAAGAAGAGAUCUUUGUCUUUCUUUCGUAAAAGGGUCCCUGAAAAACCUCCAGCAGUAAUUCCAGGCUUCAAACAAAAAGAAGUUGAUAUUUCCAAGAAGUACAGAACUAUCCGACCCAAGCCCAUGUUGGUUAUGGAGACGGUUCCACAACUGGUGAGCUUGCCUACAGUAGCUCCGGAUGGCCAAGAACAGGAGCUCUUACUUGGUCACCAACUAUCCACGUCUGCUACAACCAAGACUUUGGACUGUUCCCCACAAACGGCUCCGGUGACCCUUCACCUGAGAGCCGGUUCCAACCCAAAAGUGUUCAUCGGCAGCCGUCCGCUCCACCGCUGCUCAAUCUGCAACCGCUGUUUCCAGUUCAAGCACCACCUCCAGAACCACAUGAACACUCACACAAAUAAUCGGCCCUACAUCUGCCCCCUGUGCCGCAAAGCAUAUGCUCACAGAGGUAGCCUGAGCACUCACAUGAAGCUUCAUCACUCUGAAGUACGGCCGCGCCGAUCUCUGUGUUGUGAGUUCUGCGACAAGGUCUUUGGAUAUGUGGGCGUGUAUUUCCGUCACCUGAGGGAGGUCCACAGGGUUGUACUGACCGUGGAGCCCUCAAUCAGUCGUCAUGAGGAUGAUGUGUCUUUGGAGGGAAUUGUCUCUCCGGAGCCGUCGGACGAACAAGAUCGGGAAGACCCUGUAGAGCUGCAGAUCAAAUGCGGCCGGUGUCAAGCUACCACUCCCACCUUUGCUGACAUGAAGAUGCAUUUGCUGUAUGUACAUGAGGAGGAAGUCCACAUCCGUGCCCAUGACGGUGUGGCCCAACGUGUCGGCCGCGAGGUCGAGAACGAGCUGGUAAAGCAUGCCGCUCACUACUGGCGCCAGCUGAAUGAGAAGCGCAACCUGGUGAAGUGCGGCAGCUGCGACGAGGAAUUCUUUUCCUUCUCCAAACUUAAGAAGCACAUCAUGUCCCUCCACCGUGUUAGGGACGGGGACGGCGACGAAACGAGAUCGACCUCUCCUGAGAACGCCAGCGACUUGGGGGUUCUGGCAGCAGGGGCGGCCUUUAACUGUGUGCUUUGCAGUAAGGUGCUGGACACUAAGGAGUUGAUUAUGGAGCACUGGAGAAGUCACCAUCACUGUGAGCAGCCGGUCCUGCUGUGGGACGCCCUGAGCUCCUACUCUGGGCAAGAAGAAGGGGAGGUGGACGGAGACUUAGACACUCCUUCUCCAAGCCCACAUUAAGCGGCUGAAUGGGCGAGGCCCUUACCGUAGCUCCUCCUCAUACUCGCUCAGUCCCAACAAUCAGCAGCACAGGGAUGGAGAGGUUCUCUUAGGUCUUUUGAACUCUAGUUUGGUCUUUCACAAUGUUAGACAAGAGAUAAGAAAUGAAAGGGUCUGAUGUUCCAAGUCGUAAGAGAUUCUCUCACCAAUUCACUUAUAGAAACACAAUCAUUUUUAUUUUUCUGUUUGCACUGUUCUGUUCUAUGAGUUUGGGGGUAUUUAAGAUACUGUUUAAAAUAUUUUUUCUGCGUUUUAUUUAAAUGUUGUUGUGACUAAUAUUUAAUCCAACUGACACAACUGUUAACUAAUUAAGGGUCUUUUCACCCUUUAACUGAUCUAACCAUGCAGAUUAUUGGUUCAUUUUGUGCUGGAGUUCUCCUCAUUUUGUUUUGUCACCCGACAUCUGCUGAGUGGUGAUUAGAGGAAAACUGGCUGCAUCAGUGGUCCUUUGUUAGCUCUGUUAGCAUCCUGACCCAUUGUCACAGGUCAUAGUUUUGAUAAAUGAUGUCUCCUGGAAAAGUUUUGAGCACAACCAACACAGUGUGUUUAAAAAGUCUGCAUGGUUAGAUAAAACUUGGAGGAAGUGACUAGGUAAAGAUCCCAUGACUGCAGGACAUCGUCUACUUAUUGUGCUGGCUGACGGUUUUCUCCAUUGGCUUUUGGUCAUCAAAGAUGAAAAGAAAUGAGUGUUUGUACAAUCCUCCGAUGUAACAUUUUUCACGGAGUCGACAGACGACAUCUGUCAUCGAGCUCUGUGUUUUGAAUGGCCCUGUUUCUAGUAAGACCCAUGAAGGAAAGAUUUUUGUAACCAGCACCAAGUGACAUCCUCGUGGCCUUUAAAGAAACUUAAAAAAGAAAAGCAGAACGUGUUCAUGAGGCUAAUCGUUACUAUGACUCCCUUUAGGCUUGUUUCAGUCGAUUAAUGCCUGUGUGUGCGUGUGUGUGUGUGUGUAUUCUGUGAUAUGCCAGGGUCUAUUCAAAGUAGUGAUUGUAGAAGUGAAUACUGUUCGCUGAUUUUAGUAAAUACGCAAUGGAUUGCCUAGCUGUUGUUGCCAGCUCUUGUAUGCACCUGUGGAGUUUUGUGCGCCCAGACUGAGUAGAUUUAAUAGAAACUGUCGUUAAAUCCAGAAGAAUAUGCUAUUUUGUACUUUAGGUUACUACAGAGAAUAUUUAUGCUUGUGGUUGGUGAUUACAGAACCAGCACUGACACAUUUUUGUUUUGUUCGUCGCAUUAUAUUUGGGGGAACGAUUGUUGUUUUUUUUCUUCCCCAAGGGUUAGCUUGGAUUUAAUGAAGUGAGUCUUUGGGAGUCGUCAGUAAUGCUUCCCCAGGCUGCAGCAGGAGGAUGUGGUAUGGAUUUGUGGAAAAAUGAAGGGCCAGUAGCGUCACAGUAGGAAAAUAUUGAGUAAAAACACCACAGAGACAUACAUGGUGUCAAAAUAUGAAACAAGAAUAUUUAACCUGAUCUAAUUGCUUUUUUGUAAAACAAAGAAGCACUAUUUAUUCCUUCUGCUGCUACAGACUUAUAAAGAAUAUUAGUGGGGCUAGAAAAAAUGUUUUAGGAGUGUUCCAAUUACAAUUUCCUGGCUAUUGACCAAUCUUUAAUUCUUGCUUAUCUAAAAAGUUGUUAAAUACAGCCACAAAGUGGUUCAUUGCCAAUAGUGGGGUGAGUAUUGUUAGAUGAAUAAGCUUGGUUUGUCAAUCUCCCAAAAUUAAGAAAAUUUGGGCCAAAUUAUCGGUGAGUCUCCAGUUUAUUUAUUACAUCAUAUGUAGCUUGAAUCAAGCUACUAUGUGGAAUAAACACUCAUAAUUAAAUUUUGAUUUUCAAGUUCUUGCUGAGCUUUGCUUUUGGUUCUCUCUCUAUGAGUAGAUAUUAACUGAUUGAAUUUGUGGCUGCAGGCUGUUUUAAAGACAUGUUGCUCAGAACGAGCGAACCGUACUUUUGCACCUGGACCUUCGGUUUCAUGAGCAGAUGAAUAGUUAAAUUACUAUAUUUUUGUCUUUCUUAUAAGCAAGGUAAAACGUUUAGCAGCCAGAUGAUGAAUAAACCACUACAACAGGUGAGAGAAGGAAUUCUGAAACUUUAUGAAAACUUCUGUAUACCUUAAUCCCAACAACAAAUUUAUGGCUAAGUGUUUGAAGGUUAUCAGCUUAUCUGGCUUGUUGUGUCCCACAGAUAUAAAUAUUUCACUAGUGCAUCUGACUAUCUGUUAUAGAUCGGGUAUCUAUUACUGCAAACUUCAUAAAAUCUCACUUCAAAAAACCCAAACUAUCCUUUCAAUGUCCCGUUUCAUGGUUGGGUUGGCAUUAUUACAUAAUAUGUAGCUCUGUUACCAUAUGUCUGUUUAUGUUUCAUACAAAAAGUAGUUCCCAGGGUCAAGUGAAUGUACCUGAAUGUUUAAAAAAAAAAUUACCAAAAGUAAAUAUAUAUAAAAAUAUAUGCUAUAUAGACAUUAUUCUAUAGAUAGAAUACCUUGAUAUUUAUAUUAAGAAGAAAAUAUCUAUAUUUACAGUCACUAGUGAAUCGGCUGCUUUGUUCUGUCCACAUGGAAGAGUGCAGGUGCAGAUAUGAUUACGACAAAAGCCAUGCAGAGCGGUCUUUGUGUCUGGGCCGAGGCCAAAGCACCGAUGGGGGUCGGCUACAGUAAGCUCCACUGUGGGGGUCAUCGGUGAGUUGUCCUUUAUAUUUUAUUUUUCUCAAGCCCUUAAACAUCAGGCAGGAAGUGACAGAGUUCAGGGUCAGUCUCUUCGUUCCUCAGCAACAGGAGGAACACGCGCCACUGUCGGCACGCGCUUGGUAAUGGAAAAACUCACCUUUCAUUCACUUUAAUGCUGAUGCUCACCCGGGUAAAUAAAAAACGAAACUAAACAAAGGAAGGAAAAAAGACUGAAAAUGUUUUGUGCUUGUGACUGUUUGUGUACCUGAAGAACCUGAUGUGAGAAUAAAGUUGUUCGUUGAUGA